AUGAAAGCAGCACUCCAGAUUCUCGGACACAAGAAUGUCCACCACGGCUAUGAGCUCUACGUCCAUCCUGAACAGUGCGACUCCUGGAGACGAGCGUGGGAUGCCAAAGCCAAGCCAAAUUCCUCGGCUCCAUUCACAGCCAGAGACUGGGACGAGCUGCUAGGGCCAUACAGCGCCGUCACCGAUAUGCCAGCUGCCUGCUUUGGCCCCGAGCUGAUUGCUGCAUAUCCAGAAGCCAAAGUCAUCCUCUCCGUGCGAGAUGUGGAUGCAUGGUACGAGUCCUUUAACACGGGCGUCAUCGAAACCUUCUGGGACAAUCAACACAUUACAGGCGCAAUGACAUGGCUGGACCCAGAGCUGAUCCGCCCGGUGCAUCAAAUGUGGCAUCGACUGUUCGGCGAUGCUGAUGGCUACUUCGCGGCUACAAACAGGGAGGAAAUGCAGAGAAACUCGAAGGCUGUGUACGAACGACACAACUCUGAGAUUUUGAAAGUCUGUCCGUCAGAGAAGAGGUUGAGAUUCGAGGUGAAGGAUGGAUGGGAGCCCCUGUGUGGCUUUCUGGGGGUGCCGGUGCCGGAUCAGCCGUUUCCCAGAGUGAACGAAGGAGAGGCCGUCAAGGAAGUGGUCGCGACAUACAUGCGGCGAAGUAUGACGAAAGUCGGUCGAAACCUCGCUAUUGGGGUGGUAGUACUUGGGCUUUCAAUCCAGGGGCUAAGGAUGGUAAUGGCAGGAUGA